AUGACUACACUGUUGGGAGACACUAUCUUCAACAUAGAAAAGGAAGAAUAUUGGGAGGCUUGCCAACAUGCAUUAAAGAACCCAUAUGAAGCAAGAACGGAUGAUGAAAGUGAUGAAGGGGGAGAAGCCCUUAGUGAUGAUGAUGAAGGUAGUGGUAGCAAAGAUGACAAUAGUGGCGAUAGCAUCAGUGAUGAUAGCGAAGACAGUGAUGGUGGAGAUGAUAAGAGUAAUGAUAGUGAUAGUGAAAAAAGUAGUAAGGAGGACUAUGAUAGCCAAGAUAAUGACAAUGACAAGGGUGAACCCCCUAGUUCUAGAGAGGAUGAAGAUAUGAGAGCCUUAAAUAAAGACAAUUUUGAUGACGAUGUGGACUACUAUGAUGGAGACAUAGAGGAUGAUGUAGAAGCUAAGGAUGGAGACAGAGGAUGA